AUGGCCUUUGAUCUCUCCAAACCAUCUCUCUCUCGAAUCAUCUCCACCAUUAAUCCCAAUCUGAUCAUUUAUGAUUUUAUCCAACCGUGGGACCCGGAAGCCGCCUCCCACUUGAACAUCCCCGCCGUCUUGUUCUUCAGUACUAGCGCUGUCGCAAUUUCGUUCAUGACACUGAACGAUGACGAUGAAUUUUCAUUCCCUAUAGUCCACAUAAGUGAUCAUGAAGAGCAACGUAUGGCCCACAUGUUGAAAUCUGUAGCCAACAGUGUUAGCAACAAAGAACGGCUUGAUUGGUGCAUGGAUCGAUCUUCGGACUUCAUUUUGAUUAAGACGUUCGGAAAGAUCGAAUCGAAAUACAUAGAUUAUCUCUCUAUUUUAGCACAGAAGGAGAUCGUGCUUGUUGGGCCCCUUGUGUAGUGGACCACACCUAGCCUUAAAUUCAUGGAAUGGCUUGAAAACAAGGAGAUAUCCUCAAUUGUAUUUGUUUCCUUUGGAAGUGAGUAUUUCAUGUCGAAAAAGGAGAGAAAUGAUGUAGCACAUGGGCUGCACUACAAUAAAAAUCUUAGCAAAGUGAACUUCAUCUGGGUGCUUAGGUUCUAUGAAGGAGAGAAAAUGGGUGUUGAGGAAGCAUUGCCACGUGGCUUCCUAGAGAGGGUUGGAUCUAGGGGAAUGGUCAUAGAGGGGUGGGCCCCACAAGGGAGGAUACUGGAGCAUACUAGUAUUGGUGGGUUUGUGACACAUUGUGGGUGGAGUUCUGUGAUGGAGGGGAUGUGGUUUGGUGUCCCACUAAUAGCUAUGCCAUCGCACCUUGAUCAGCCGUUGAAUGCAAGAUUAGUGGUGGAGAUUGGAGUUGCAGUGGAAGUUGAGCGGGGUGGGGAUGGGGUGUUUGAGAGGGAGGAAGUAGCAAGGAGUAUUAUAGAGGUGGUUGUGGGAAAGGAAGGAGAGGGGGUUAAAAGGAAUGCAAAGGAGAUGGGCGAGAUGAUGAGGAAGAAACGAGACAAUGAAGAGAUUGAUCUGGUGAUGGAGAAGUUAACGGGCCUAUGUAAGAAUUAUAGUAAGAGCUUAGGCAGCUUUUUGCAAUAA